AUGUCUGCUGUGCCUUCGAAACGGCCCGCUCCAACCGUGGAAGAUGAAGUGAUAAAGCAACCUUUCGAAGCCACCAGCAAACCUUUAGAUCCGCUCACUAAAGGCGAUAGCGAAAGCUCUACCGCAAAUCUUAUACCUGCCCCUCAACAAAAAAACAUCGAGCCAUCUGAGGCCCCCCUACCUCCUGAAAAUAGUCAUGGAAGCUCCACACAGGCUUGCGAUCCAUCUCAAAAAAGCCUCGACGAUGACGAGGACAGAAUACUUUCUGGUGAAGAGGAACUGUCUAUUAUGAAGGCCGUGGCAGGCUGCGACCCUACUCAAUCAAACAACUUUCAGUCUAUCCUCGAACAAUCUCUUCCAAUCCCUGUGCGAUUCAAAACAUUGCAGCUUUGGUUUCAUCCUGAUAAACAGAAAUAUGGAAAAGAAAAUUUAUCAGAUAGUGAGCGAGCCUCAAAAUACUUAAACUCAUGGCGAGAAAUUCUUGGAGGCAACAAAAACUGUAAUUUCUGGAUUGGAAAAGGACUGCCGAUCCAUGUUGAGCAAGGGCUUUCAUCAUACCACGAAGAGGCACAUCAACAAGCCACAGCAUACCUAAAAAUCAUUUUUAAUGCUAUGCUGGCUGCCCCGGAUGCCCCAUCGCUUCAACUCAAGGAAAAUAAUAAAGAUUAUCGUCACGCUACAAAUAAGAUUCAGCUUCUGAACGCAAAGAUGAAGAAAGAAAAUGCAAAUGGGAAUAUUGAGGUUGAUACUGGAAAAAUCCGACUUGAGGAGUUGACUGGCCAAUGGAGGUGUAUCCUCAAAAAGGUGCAGGACAGCGGAAUCCGCGCUGAGGCUUUAUGCCGAAGUUUCCAUUACCCAGAAGAAUGGGCCAAGCCUCUGGAGUGGCUUAAAUCAGCACAGCCGGGGAGGUCAUCAACUAUAGCAACUCCUCAGCCGACACAGGGGCCUAAUUCACUACAGUCUCAUCCAUUGCCGCAGUCUAACUCACUGCAGCUUUGGAAUGCGACUGGCAACCAAAUAAGGACCAUCACUCUCUCACAAAGAAUGGUAUCUCGUUGUUUUCGGCCUGGUUUCACAUCAAACGGCGAGGAAAUCAUGGCAAUACAGCGUCUUGGAUUCAAUGGUGCUCGCUUGGUGACCAGGAACACUCAGGGUAUGGUGCGACUCAUUUCGAGUGGCGCCGCCGGUGGUCUACCAGUAUUGAAGGGGGCUACCGAUGCUGGAGUUCCUAGCUUUUUGCAAGGCGAGGAGGAAAUUCGAGAGCUUCGAAGGCGAGUCUCAUCAUGUCAAGGCGUUUCUGGGCUCUCAUUUGUGGCAUUGGGGGAAUGGAAACCAUCUAAAAUGAACUUGCCAUUCAUUGCAGUGGGCUUCUACCAUUAUGGUAAGGGGCUUGAUAACAUAGAGGUGGCUAUGUCGCGAUCAACCCUCAAGAGGAUAUUGUCCGCAGCAGAAGGAGAACGACUAAUUGCCCAAUACAUGACCAUGCAGCAGUCUACGUCCACAAUUAAAGAGGCGCUGGAAGUUAUGUUUCCUGGCGAAACACAAAAAGCUCUUCUUUCGUCUCCUAAUCCGCAGCAAGAAAUUGAGCAGCAGAUCCAACAAUUACAGACGCAGCUGCUACAGCUUCAGCUCCAGCCACAGGCGCAGCCACUACAGCUUCAGCUCCAGCCACAGGCGGAGCCAGCAGCUCAGUCUGAGCCGCUGCACCAGCCUCAGUCACACCUACAGCCGAUGGUUCAAUACCCUCAGCUACCCCAGCACCCCCAACCAGCAGCUCCACCUGAGCCGCUGCACCAGUCUCAGUCACAGCUGCAACCAGUGGCUCAGCACCCUCAGCUGCAUGUCCCGCAACAGCUCCAGUACCAACAGCCACAACAAUUAUUCACGACUCAGCCGCAAGUCCAGUCUCCUGGUGCCCAGUACGAACUGCCGCAACAGUUCCAAAGUAACUUCCACACCCAGCCGCAAGCCCAACCCCCUGGUGUCCAGUACCCACAAGGACUAUCGCAACAGUUCCGAAGUUCAUUCCAGAGCCAGCCGCAAGUCCAGUCUCCUGGUGCCCAGUACGAACUGCCGCAACAGUUCCAAAGUAACUUCCACACCCAGCUGCAAGCUCAGCCCCCUGGUGUCCAGUACCCACAAGGACUGUCGCAAUAG